UGCUAGUCACGAAUUAAAACAAGGAAACAGAAGAAGCAUUCAGUACCUUUGAAUGUUGGAUGCCGGGGUGUGUUAUCGUUAUGACUGUCUGGUCCAGGCGCCUUCAAACAGUGCAGUCUACAAUCAACAGCGUCACAAUGGACACCGGCCCGGUAUCACCAGCCGCACUAUAGCGCAGUGAUUUCACCUGAUGACAUCUAAAUUAAAGCCCCAGCUGGCUCCACUGCCACGGACAGAGAUCUUUGCAUACUGGGUGCUGUCCUUUGGCUCUCACCUGUACUCUUUCUACCACCUGCACAGGUUCUCCAAAGAGCAUGAAGCAGGAUUACAGAGAGAAUUCCAGCUGGAAAAAGGCCUUAUUAAAGGUUAUAAAAGAGACCCAUCAGACUUCGAGUGGAGUUUCUGGACCGAAUGGGCAAAGAAGUCUUUGCUGUGGACUCUGAUUGGUCAUGGCGUAAUAUCAAGACUGACCCGCACCUUUUACCCCGAGCUCAGAGUGCCAGCACUCACAAUAUAUGGCCUCUUAGCAGCCAGCAGUGUGCUGGGGAUUAAAGGUGUGGGUGUGCUGCUGGUACAGCUGGGCCUUUCGUUUGCAGCAGCACAGCUGCGAAAGCCCGCUCUGUCAUGGGCCUGCAACCUGCUGCUGCUCUCCACACUUUACAUUCAACCACUUCAAGAGAUCCAGAGAGGCUGGUAUAAGACCGAGGAGGAGUACUAUCUGCUGCUCUUCAGCGUUGCUGUCUGUGGUCUACGCUUCAUCAGCUUCAGCCUGGAGCACUGCUGGUGCCCUGCAGACCGUGGUGGAGUUGUGCAGCUCUGCUGGUUGUUUUCAUACACUUUCUAUCACCCUUUUUUCUACAAUGGACCCAUUAUCACAUACAAAGACUACGUUGAGCAGAUGCGGAGGCCUGCUGAGGAAGGUGACAGGGACGAAUCUGCAUUUAGCUACUUGGUGCUCAGAUCAGGACGGAUCAUACUAUGGUGGUGCAUUGCCGAAUACAUGAUCCAUGUAAUGUACAUGCACUCCAUCCAGUCUAAUGAGACCUACUUAGAGAUCCUCCCUCCCUGGGCCUUGGGCGGUCUGGCCCUGGCCCUCGUCCAGUUCUUCUAUGUGAAGUAUCUGGUGCUGUUUGGACUUCCAUCCAUGCUGGCUACUUUGGAUAAACUAGUUCCCCCAAAGCUUCCUCAUUGUGUCAGCAUCAUGUACAGUUUCACAGGGAUGUGGAGGCACUUUGACGAGGGCCUGUAUCGAUGGCUCAUCAGAUACAUCUACGUGCCGUUGGGAGGUUCGCGGCAUGGCCUUCUUUACAAAAUGUUAUCCACUGGCCUUGCGUUCGGAUUCGUCUGCCUCUGGCAUGGUGGCCAUGACUACUUACAGUACUGGGCUCUGAUGAAUUGGGCUGGAGUUCUGGUGGAAAAUGGACUGAAGUCUCUCUUCGCCUUGUCCUUUAUUCGCUCCAUUGUUGAGCAGAAUUUCUCCCCGGCGAUGGAGAGGCGUUGCGUUGCCCUUCUCUCUGCCUUCUCCACUGCUAUGCUCAUCCUCUCUAAUCUGGUGUUCCUUGGGGGGAUACAUGUUGGCAGAAUCUUCUGGAAGCGUGUCUUCAUUCAAGGCUGGUCCACCUUGUUCCCGCCUAUGCUGGCUUUCCUCUACUGCUUUGCUCAGAUUGGGCUUGAGUGGACUUCUCACCCACCAUGAGUCACCUUGACAUUUUAUCGGAGCGAGAAUCAAGCCACGAGACAUCCCAAACAACCUGCUGAGUCCAGUGCCUUCUCCUCACCAGUCUCUGUGGCGAACCUGGCUCUCGGCCACAGAACCUGUCCAAACCUGGCCAAAGUGCAGCUGAGCAGCCACUUUUCACAAUCUGCAACACAAGGCAAAAUCUGCCUGUAAACUGAGACUUAAAGGAUUCACUCCAGGAGAGAGUCUCCUACUUUGUGGAAAAUGUUAAGUGCACACAAACUGUAAUAAAAUGAGUGAAAUGCUGUAAAUCAGCGCGGUCUGAAGGGAGCCUUUGGCAGUGCCAAUAAGAUAUUCUGACUCACUGUUAUUCUAAGAAACUGUAAAAGAAAUAUGGACCCUGAAUCUGUCUCGGUUAUAUGACUCUGAUAAGGUAUUGCUCGCUGGUGUGGAGAGCCGUAGAAUGCUAAUUUCAUAUUUACCAUCCUUUAGCUCGCCACAGAAUCAUUUGUGUAUACAGAGGCAGACAAAAGGCACAGGAGACUGAAUAGAGCAGCAGGAACCCAAUCAAUGUCAUUAUUCCCUCAACAGAUGCAAUUUGGGUGAAGGAGAAUGACACUAAUAUUAGUAGAUGUAUUAUUAAAAGGCUUCAGACGGACUACACGUUAACUAAUUCAACACAGUAACAGUGAUAGAUGACAUUUAUCCACUGGAACGCAAAGGAAAGCUUUUUUUUUUUCUUUAAGCAAGGAUGUUAAAAAAACACAAGCUGCUCGUUUUUUGCUAAUGUUUUGUUACAUAAUGCCUCGAGUUGCCUCCAAAAUGUCAACUGUACAAUACCUUAGUCUGCAUUUGGAUUAAAAACUUAAAAACCAUGUUGUAAUGGAUAGCCGUGCUGCAACUGAUGUAAUGAGUCAUUCACUAUUUUACUGUUCCAGCGGUGUGUAUGAGUCAGGAGUAUUUCGGGUAUGAGGUUAAAUCAACUUGAAAACUCUUCCAGAACUUGUUGUCAGCUUUUCAGGAAGUAUAAAAACAUUUGAAAUAUAUAGAAAUGUUAUUAUUUUAAUUGUGACAAAGCUUUAUACAGAGUUCUGACAGGCUUUAAUAAGUAUUUUAACCAGUAUGAGUCUAUAUUUUUCUACAAAUCCAGUCAAAAGACCAAAUUAAAACCAUUAACCUGUCUGUGGCCUUCAGCCUCAAGUUCACUCAUUCCUGUUCAUUCUAAGACUUAAAUCUUUAAAAAUGGAUGAAUACAACAUUGCGUUUAUAUUUUAUAAAGGCUAAGUAAUUCCUUAAAAUAUCUGAGCACUUUUGUUCUUAGCAAAUGUUACUCUAACAGGAGUACAUAGUGUUUUUGUUGGGACUAUUUCCAGCUGCAGAUUAAUACACAUUCAGGACACCACAGCUGAUUCCACACUACUGAAGCUGCUCCUCUUUUUGGAACCACUGUGGGGUCAGUAAUAAUUUCACUUUCAGCCAUGUUUGUUGUUGCCGUGAGUAACAGUAUGACGUCAACAUGUCAACAAGUUGAAAUAUCGCAAGUAUCACGAUAUGAAUUUUUCAUAUUAAAAAUUACACAUAUUAUGUAAAAAU